AUGCGCUCAACUGGAUCUUCAACUACCUCGUCGCCCGGACGGAGGGCUCUUCAUGAGCGCACUUCUUCUCAAACGAACGAGGUUUCACCGCCACAGUCUCUACGAGCUGUUAGUGACAAGCACAAUGACCAGGAAGACGAAUGCGAUGUUUACACGGCAACUCCGUAUCCGACCAAACCAGAACACAUCCUCUUGCCACGACCGGGGAAAGGCCAAGAGUUCAUCCCGGAUUCUAGGUUCCACAUUGAGGAGAUGCCGAAUGAAUCCAGCGCGACACUGUCAACAGAAAUCAGCCAUAUUCUAGAUAGCAGUUUGAUUGAGCAAUCUACCGGUGAUCCAUGGGACUUAUCCUCAACCUUCGACGCUGCAAACACUCCACCUCAGGUAUGGGAAGAUGAUCCUGCCUCCAGCAAGUCUUCUCUUCCAGAACAUGGCCCCGCAGAGCAUAGAGAAGUCGAUUUCAAAUCGGAUGAUGUUUCGUACUCGGACGAGGAACCAAAUACGCUACCUAGAGCUGCUCCAACAAUCAAGACCGUAAUUUCCGACACGUCAUCCCAACCGCCACACCCUGCAAAUGCUGCAUCAAGCAAUUCUAGUCCCAAUGUAAUACCUAUUGGGCCGUCGUCCAGUCCGAAUUUUGUUGCGCUUGACAGUUCAAGUUUGAAUUUUGUCCCAAUUGGUGCAUCAUCCAACCCAGACAGUGGCUCUCGGUCAAAUUCGCUUUCCUCUAUGAAUUCACUGGGAACUGUGAUCAGUCAAGCUCACGCUCUUACUCCUUUCGUUCAAAUCCGCCCUAUCAAGGACCAUCAGCGCGCUCAAAUUCCACCCGCGCACGUGAACGGAGUCACUCUCGCGAUUGUGGAUAGCGGCGUAUUUCUGCAAUAUCCAACCAUCCAUGCGCCUUCGUCAGAGAGCUCAAGGGUAGACGUUUCGCACUCUGGUGACUCACUGGACCACACCCAGCACGAGACCACGGCGGAC